AGACAGGUCAUCCAAAGUUCAGAUGUAGGGCCAAAGUGUUUAACAAACGGAUUACACUAAUCUCCAUAUGCGUAAUCAUGUGAUCUAACUAACCCUACUGGCUGAUGUUUGUCAUCAUCCGAAAUCAUCAUAUGGGUAGCUUGAAGUGGAUAACAUUCACAUAGUUGCCAAGAAGACGGUACUGUAUCCACCUUGAUCAUGCAAAUGAUUAUUGAUUAAUCCAUGAUUAGUCUAUAUAAAUAAUUUCAUACUCCCGGGUCCCGGCUCAAUUGGAAAGUCAAAGACAACAUUACUAAAACAUCUUCCACGGGUUGUAACUAGAUAUCCAAUGUAAUCCAUCAAUUUAAAUAUCUAACUAAUCCAAUUCAUUUUAUACAUGUGACGUCACAUCAAUGAUAUUUUAUACAUACUCGGAUUAAAUCGGGCUAAACUGAUUUAACCACUAACCCUUUAAUUCACUUUCUUGAUUGUGCCAAAGGUUGAAACGAGUUGUGAAAAGAUUUUGUUGGUGGUCAACCAAUUUGGUUUAAUUGGAAUCUAAAAAUGGGUCCAAAUACGAGCAUUUGAUUUUAAGUGAAGCAAGAUCUAAUGAAUUAGAGUAAAUGGCUUUUUAGUUUUCCAAUUUUUAAUUGGUUUUUAUUUUUAACAUGGAUUUAAAAAAAUUGCAUAGGUGGAAUGAAUUUAUUGUGAUCUACAAAUUGAUAUCCAUUUUCAAUAUAUUUUGAGAAAAUUUUCUCAUACCACUCGUUACCACUAUGGCACCACUUUGUAUCACCUUUGUUUCGACUCAUCAAGUUCCGAUUGAAAUAGGAUCCACAAAAAUCUUUGGUCGGACAUACCUGGAAACUUUAGGUAAAAUCCAUUUUUGGAUCACUUUUUUCGGGGUUAAUCCGACCUUCUUUCCCAUGCAUUUCUUAGGGCUUUCGGGUAUGCCACGUCGCAUUCCAGAUUAUCCAGAUGCUUACGCUGGAUGGAAUGCCCUUUUACCCGAAGGAUUUGAAUUAGCCCCCCCGAUCAUAUUUCGCCAGAGAUGAAGAAAAGAUAGGGAAUCUGUCUUUUCAGAGUUAUCGUCCCAAUAAAAAAAUAUUCUUGUGAUAGGCCCUAUUCAUGGACAGAAGUAUAGUGAAAUCACCUUUCCUAUUCUUUCUCCAGACCCGCUAUGACUGGAUGUGUACUCGCGUGAUUGAUCGAUGGACGGGGGAAUUUCGUGAAUGACGAGACCGACCUAACCUAAAGUAAUUAACUCAAAUUUUAGAAAAUUUUGCCCAGAAUGAACUAGUUCAUCAUAAUCUAUUGGAUCUUUAAAUUUUUUAAGACUAAAUAUACCACCCUCAUAUACGGUGGUAACUGGUGGUAAACGAUGAUGAAAUUUAGUAAAUAUCGAUUAGUAUAGUCCUACUAUCAUGUAAAGAACCAUUCUACAUUAUGGUAUACUCAUACCAACAUGACACACUUCUAUACCACAUGGAAUAUUCUUAUAUACUACCAAACGUUGUCACCAUGGUAUGUACAGGUAAUAAAUGUCUCAAUUUCUUUCUCCAAAAUAUACCACUGUAUAUCACCUUAAUAUGCAGUAAAUAUAAAAGUAUGCAUGAUUAUUAGGGGUGGAGAGAGAAGGGACCCACCCUGGCUUGGGAGGAAGAAUGAUAAAUUAGGUAUAAUAGUUAAUCGGGUACGAAAAAUAACAAGUAUUUUAAUGAGAAUGGUUGACCUUUCAAAUAUUUUAUGUAUGAUUUAUAAGUUGUGUAUUAACAUAUUCAAUGGUUUUAUAACGAAUUAUGUACAAACGAGAAAUGACAAUGGCGCAUAAAUCCGCCCAAAAUUAAAAGAUGUAUUUGUCCAACUCGAACAAAUUUCCACCAAAUCAUAGCUAAUUUAUAAAAAAUAAUUUUAUUUCAAUCAGUGGUAUGGAGAGCGUAACGGGAGGCUCCUAAGGAAAAAAACAUGAGUAAACUAGUAUAAUAGUUAAUUGAUAAGAAAAUUUAACACACCUCUAGUUGCGAAUGGUUGACCAAAAGUUCAUGUGUUUGAAUUGUUGACCCCAUUUUAUUUGUAAAUGGACGCACUCUAAACAAAAUCUUAGUGAAACCCCUAUUAUUAUCAUUCAUUAUUGACGUAUUGGUUAUUCGUUUCUCUGCAAAUGUGUUGAAUGUUGACCGGUCCUUCCUUGGAUUCGAUGGAGCAAAGCAACAUGUGUUAUUUAUUGAAAGUAUUAGUUGGUUGAGCAACCAACAUGGCACUAAGUAGUAAAGAGCGGCAGCGGAACACUACAGCAUUGAUGGAUUGGCACAUUUGUCUUCACACGAAUUAAAUUUAUGCGGCCGCAUUGAUACACGUCCAACGGGAGGUUUGUUCCCCCAUCGCUAUAAGAUUUUUUACUUUUCACCUUCACGGGGAAGAAGAAAGAAAGUGAUUAGUGAAAGAGGAAAGAUUGAUUAGAGAAGGCAACGGUCCAACGUCCAACGGAAACACGGUGAAAACGGGGUUGGCGGAAUCCAAACGCCGGGAUUCACCGCAUUUAAACCCGCGGUGUGAGGUCCGUGGCCAACUCUCCCUCCCUCUCUCUUUUUGCUACAAUUUCCAACAACACUCCCGAUAUAGCCCUUGGCUGCCAUUCUCUGAGAAUCUGAGUUAGACACUACUACUAUUACUACCUACCUACUCGACGACAGAAGAGCCGCCGCCGCCGCCAUAGGCACCGGAUAAGAAAGCAAGCAGCGGCGGAGAAGGAGACGGCGGAGCGAUGGGGAGAUCCAAUCCCUGCUUCAAGAUUAUCACGUGCGGGAGCGAUUCCGCAGUUGAGAAGGAUGACAUUGAUAUCCAAGCUCCCGAGAACAAAGGCUCAAGUGACAAGCGUGGGUGGAGUUUCCGGAAAAGAUCAGCCCGUCAUAGAGUACUAAGCAAUAAUGUCACAUCAGAAUCCCCCUCUACAAUAAUCAAGGAAAGCAUAGAACCUGCCAGUCUUAACUAUCAACGACAGGAUACUCCUUCAGUUCCUGAGAAAAUUUCAGUUGUGGAAUGCGUUGAUGAGAAGCCAACAUUGCCAAUCCCUGUGAACGAGAAAGCAUCCAAGACCAUUACACUCGACAAGGACGAAAAGGAAGCUGAUGCCAAUAUGGAAGAAUCAGUUGUUGUCAUCCUACAGUCUGCAGCCAGAACUUUUAUGGCUAAAAAAGAACUUGUCAGGCUUAAGAGUGUGGUGAAGCUGCAGGCUGUUGUUCGUGGCCACCUGGUCAGACAACGUGCUCUGGGAACCCUACGCUGUGUUCAGGCCAUUACUAAAAUGCAACUACUUGUACGUGCCCGUCAUGCUCGUAAUCGAGAGUCGAACGUUGACAAUGGGAAAAUGGCUUCCUCAAAAGACUUGAAAAAGGAACUCUCCGUAUCCAAACCAACGGUAACUUAUACUUCACUCGAGAAGUUGCUGAGUAACAGAUUUGCUCGUCAGCUUGUAGGUUCAACACCAAAGUCAAGACCCAUCAACAUCAAGUGUGAUCCUCUACAGCCAAAUUCCUCUUGGGUCUGGUUGGAGAGAUGGACGUCUGCUUCAUCAGUUGAGCCCACACCAAAACCGGAGCUAACACCAAAACCAAAGCCAUUCCCUGAAAAGGUGGAAGAAGAGAAGCAAGAGGAGCAUUCUGUGGUGUCUGAGAGUUCCCUCGUAGUUGAAGAUUCGAGAUCCCACAUUGAGGAAGCUGUUUCUUCACUCCAAAGUAAAGAAGAUCACAUUACAUAUAAUGCAAGUGAUCCCAAGUUUAAGGAAUGCCAAGCAUCAACCCAUCCAGCAGGAGAUAACUCGGAGCAGCCUCAAAGUUCAGUGGAUAUUCCUUAUGAUGAUGUUAAGGAGACAUCAGUUGACUCAAGUCAUCUUCCAAGUCAGACGUUGCAGUCAGAUGUACAUGGUCAACCGGCCCAAGAAUCCGAACAACCUGAACCCCCAAAACGAUCUUCUAUGAAAAGACUUGCCUCGGAUGAUUUAGAGACUGAAGGAAAGAAGUUUGUUUAUGGAUCGAGGAAGGUUAGCAACCCUGCAUUUGUUGCUGCACAGUCCAAAUUCGAGCAUGGGCUGGGUCCAGCUACCGAUUCAAACAAAAGACACAACCGAGUGCAACAACAAGAUGCAGGACUUGAACUUGAACUGCAGAAAGCUUCCUCUGAAGAGACUCUGGCCGUGGCUAAGGAACCUGGUACCUCUGAACACUCGGUCACCAAUAUGUCAACCGUGCAAUAUGGCGCUUCGGAAUGUGGUACCGAGCUCUCUGUCACCUCGACUCUCGACUCACCUGACAUAUCGGAAGUUGGAGCAGCAGAACUCGAGCACAGGCAAGAAUUGAAAACUUCAGAAGAGGAAACCCACAGCUCUAGUGUGGUAAAGAAUGCAGGUGAAGAAUGCAAGGAUGCAUCGGAAGAUCCCUUGCCGAAUCCUUCUAAUUUUGUCACUCAGCCUGAAGAACUCAAUGAUGUGAAGAGUGAAGCUAUCAUUAACUCAGUCCACUCGCCCGAGGUAGAAGUACAGCGAGAACAAGACGAAGCUGAGAGAUCUCUGGGAGCUGCCUCUCCCACCAGAAGCCAAAUCACCAUCCCUGGGGAGUCCCACGGAACGCCUGCAAGUCAAGUGUCUGUAACUAAAAGCGAGAAACGCGAGAGAAGAGCUUCUUCAACUCAGAAAAGGAAGUCGUUGUCUGCUGGUAACAAAAAGUCUGCACCAUCCCCCCAAAGUGAUUCCAACGCGAGGAACAGCGGGAAGCGGAGGAACUCAUUUGGCUCGCCUAAACGAGAUGACAACGCCACCAACGACCAAGAUCCUCGGCCCAGUAACAGCAGCAGCAACAGCAGCUCCGUCCCACGGUUCAUGCAAGUCACCGAGUCCGCAAGAGCCAAGCUUCAGGCUAUUAAUAGCUCUCCAAGAUCGAGCCCGGAUGUGAACGACCGAGAGUACAUCAAGAAGCGUCACUCUUUGCCCGGAGCAAAUGGGAGACAUGAUUCUCCACGCAUCCAGCGGACUGCUUCUCAAACUCAACCAGCUUCAAAGAAUGAGAAAAAGUGGCAGAGGUGAAGAAAUGUAGGAUGAAGGCACAGCCCAUUGAAGGGUUUGUUCAGGUAACUUCUCUUCCUCUUCCGGAUGCUUGAUGACGGGAAGAUUAUAUAUGAUAUAUUGAUAUACGUACGUAGAGAGAAGCGAGUGGUUUGGAGGAACGAGUAGAUAGGUAACCUGGAGAGCAAGAUGGAGUUUGUGUGUUGUAUAUUUGCUGCUGGGAAUGGAAUUUUUUUAGCGCACAUAAUUACCAGAGGAGAACUCCACAGUCGACAAUGUUACUUUACUUACAUACAGAGUUUUCUGAUCGAUUGUUUGUUUGUUUGUUGCUGUUGUUUGUUCAAAUUUGUCUGCGUGAUAAUUACUUUUUCACUGUAUUUUUGUUCCAUUUUCUUUCGUUUGUGGCGCUGGAUUAUGUUUAUUGCUAUCUAUUGUAAAACGGAUUUUAUAUUUUAUUACUGCGUAUUAACUGGUUAAUGACUUUGAAAAGCCUGUUUGGUUACGUUGAACAUUUUCGCGAAAUGAUGGUGAAGGUGGUGCCAAUCUGACUAUUUGUAGUCUCAACUCAAGUCUCAACAGCUCGUUCAACUAAACGCUGAUAUUAACUUGGCAAAUAUAAUUACGCACAUCCCAUUUGGGCUGAGGUCAUUUGGAUGAGAAAAUUCUAAUGAAUCAAUCUGAUACAAUUGUCUCGUUUUGAGUCAAUUGUGCUAGAUUGAUCCGUUUGGCAGCAGAAAAUUUGGAUGAAGCAAUUUGGGUUGGAGAAUUCUGAAUUGACUCAUUUUGAGCCAAUUACAAUUGUCUGGGGUGGGAUAGGUAAUUUGAAUUGACUCGUUUUAAAUGACUCGUUUUAUAAAAUGAAACAAUUGGUCAAAUUGUCUCGUUUUACAAUUGAUCCAUCCAAACGAGUGUUUUGUUUUUGUUAAUGAAUCACAGGUAUGAAAUAAAAAUUUGUCUCCACAUUUUGAGGUAUGCAAGUUGCAACCAGGUGGUGAUUUGUAAUGCGGUUUGCAUAUCUCAAUUUAUUUUUUACACUGGACGGCUCUCCAAAAUGAGAGUUUAAAUUUAAAAUGAACAAUAUCUUAUCAGAAAAACAUUCCUAAUCUAUCUAUCUAUAUCUAUACUAUAUAUUAUGACAAUUCAAAAGCAAUCUAUUGCCAUAUAAGCAUUUGGAUGAUCCACAAUUUGCCAAGUUGGAUAACAUUUUUACAAAAAAAAAAUUAAUUAUUAAUGUAUUUAUGGAGCUACCUCUCUCUUCUUUAGUGUUUCCAUUUAUUUUAUCCAAUUAUUCUUUUUCAUUUAUCCAUUUAUUUUGUUCUUUAAUAAUUAGUUACAUGUUGAUAAACUUAACCAAACACACAUAAAUAAUAAUUUUUUUUGUCAAUAAACAAAAUAUAAAUAAGAAU